AUUCUUGUUUUUAACUUUUUACUAAAAGACUUUCAGAUAACAAUACAGUUUAUACAAAAAUUAUCUCUUUUUAAAAUUAUAUUUUCAGAUUUUGGAUAAUUCUUACUAUUAUUAAUUUUAAUCAAUUAUCUAAUCAAAUUAAUUAAAAUUUCGUUUUAAUUUUUUAAUUUAGUUAUAUAUUUUAUUCACUAAGGGUAUAAACGAUAUUAACCACUUUAACUUUUAACGUAAGAACACGAUUCCAAAAUUUUACUUCGCAAAUAAUAGUAAAGAUUUGGUUAAAUCUUUCAAACAUAUCGAUGAAAUCUUACAAUUUUAAUUUAUGAUAGAACAUAUAAAAACAAAAAAAAAAAAUGAAAAAUACAGGCAAACUGAAUUAACUAUCUUCGUUUCUGUCACUGACAGGAGGACACAACAUCUAUAAAAAAACUACGUUCAAAAAAAAAAAAAGGCCUAAAACAGAGCUUUUCUCUUAGUUGUUUUUAAAAGAAACCACAUUUUUAGUUGUCUUCCUGUUUUAGACAACAUUUUCCGCGUGUGGUUGCGAUUGUUCGGCGCCGUAAAAAAGCGUUCGGACGUGGUCGGAGCUUCUCUGCAUGGCGGUUUGCUUCCGAGGGAGUACGGCAAAGAUAUCUACCGUCGUUGUUCUUCCCUCAUCCAACUCUCGGCGUUUCCGUGACAUGAGAAACGGAGGUUAAUGGGGAGAUUGACAAAAGCUUUUCUGGCCAUCUUUCUCGUUGUUCUUGUUUGUGUCUCCGUUGAGAUCAUCGCUCGUGACGGUGCCAAUCGCUUACGAUCCUCUGUUUCCGAGGAGGCUCAUGGCGUCGAUAUGGCAGAGAAAACAAAGAUACGUUGUCGAAAAGAACUCAAAGAUGAGAACAAAGAUUGUCUUGUCUACAUCUCUCGUGAAGCAGCAGCAAAUGGGUACGUAAAACUAUCCGUCUUAACCGGUUAUGGGCAUUGGUUUGGACCUCUCCUUGAUUCUACUCCAAGAAGGAAGCUGAUCAGUAAGAAAAAGAAGUUCACAGUAUCUGCUCCAAACUUCGCUCUUGGUCCUGCACCACGUCUCACUCCAGGUCCCGCUCCUUCAACCUCUCCAUCUCAACCUUCUUCACAUUCACCACCCGAUGAAUCAAACUCUGCUCCGGUUAAGAGAAAACCGAGCGUUGUUGCUCCUAGUCCAAGUGUUGUUCUAUCACCGGCGAAGAAAUAUGAUAUUUUGAUGCAACUUAUCAUCGCUGUUGCUUCAACAGCUGUAUUAACCUUCUUUCUAGUUACAUUGCUCUUCUUAUGUUGCUUCAGACGCAACCGCAGUCCUAGAGAUGGACCAAGAGAUGAAGGACAGUUUCUACAUCUAGUUGAUUUAUCACCUGGAUCAAAUGAGACAUCUCCCGCCGCUGCAAACCCAAGCAGAAGAUUUUUCAGUGCUAGUUCCAAAAAGAAAUCGUUUCUUUCAAGAAUGUCUCUAAAGAGAAGUGGUCAUGAUCAGUUUUCAACAGCUCAAGCGUCCACAUCCUCAGGACAUCCUCCUCCAUUAAAGCUUCCCCCGGGAAGAACAGCAGCUCCUCCUCCUCCUCCUCCUCCUCCUGCAGCUCCAGCUCCACCACCUCCACAGCCGCCGCCACCUCCUAAAUCAAAGCCUCCUCCACCACCUAAACUUGUACGUCCUCCACCCGCACCACCAAAAGGUGCGGCUGGAAAGCGCCAAGGCCAUCAUAGUUCCUCUGGAGAUGCUUCUGAUGUUGAUUCUGAGACUGGAGCUCCAAAGACAAAACUAAAACCGUUUUUCUGGGAUAAAAUGGCUAACCCUGACCAGAAAAUGGUUUGGCAUGAGAUCAGCGCCGGCUCAUUCCAGUUCAACGAAGAGGCGAUGGAGUCACUGUUUGGUUACAAUGAUGGGAACAAGAACAAGAGUGGUCAAAGAGGAGAAUCAUCUAGAGACUCUCAUGUCCAGUACAUACAGAUCAUUGAUCCAAGGAAAGCUCAGAACUUAUCUAUUCUUCUCCGAGCUUUGAAUGUAACAACGGAGGAAGUGGUCGAGGCCAUUAAAGAAGGUAAUGAGCUCCCGGUGGAGCUCCUCCAAACGUUGCUGAAGAUGGCUCCAACUACAGAAGAGGAACUCAAACUUAGACUAUACUCAGGAGAUGUUAACCUACUUGGCCCUGCAGAGAGGUUUUUGAAGAUUCUUGUUGAUAUACCUUUUGCAUUCAAACGUAUAGAGUCUCUUCUGUUCAUGAUCUCACUUCAGGAAGAAGUCUCUGGCAUCAAAGAAUCACUCUCCACUCUCGAGGUGGCUUGCAAGAAACUGAGGAACAGCAGACUGUUCCUGAAACUACUAGAAGCAGUUCUCAAGACAGGAAACCGAAUGAAUGUCGGAACCUUCCGUGGUGACGCACAAGCUUUCAAACUAGACACGCUCUUGAAACUAUCUGACGUGAAAGGAACAGAUGGUAAAACCACACUCUUGAACUUUGUUGUCCUUGAGAUCAUUCGUUCCGAAGGAGUUCGUGCUCUCCGCCUCCAAAGCAAAAGCUUCUCGAGCGUUAGAACAGAGGAGGACACCAACAACAACAACACAGACUCAAGUCCACAGUCAGUGGAGCGUUACCGAAGCACGGGACUCCAAGUGGUUUCGGGAUUAACAACAGAGCUUGAAGAUGUCAAGAGAGCAGCGGUCAUAGACGCUGAUGGAUUAGCUGCGACGCUGACGAAUCUAAGCGACUCGCUGACGAACGCGAGGGAGUUUUUGAAGUCCAUGGAGGAAGAGAGCGACUUCGAGAAAGCUUUAGCUGGGUUUAUAGAACGUGCGGAUGCUGAUAUUAAAUGGUUGAAGGAAGAAGAAGAGAGGAUCAUGGCGUUGGUCAAAAGCUCUGCCGAUUAUUUCCAUGGCAAGUCUGCUAAGAACGAAGGGUUGCGUUUGUUUGCUAUAGUGCGUGAUUUCUUGAUCAUGUUGGAGAAAGUUUGUAGACAUGUUAAGGAAACUACGACAUCAGCUACCAAGACAAGGACUCAUUCCGGCAAGAAAGAAACUCAAGUGACGAUGCAGGAGGAUAGUCAUCAACCGUCCACCGAUAAUAUUCAACAGCGUUUGUUUCCGGCUAUUGCUGAACGGAGAGAUGACAGUUCCGAUGAUUCAGACGAUGAGUAGUUCUUCAUCUUCUUAGUUGUUUUAUCUUUUAUACACUUGCUGUAAUACGCUGUUUGGUAAUA